UACUCAUGCAUGAGGAUUUUUUGAACGAAAAAAUACAGCUUGGUUAGUGAAUGAUAUACCGACAAAGUUGUGGAAAAACUUUUUCAGAAUCAAUAUUUUAGCGUAAAAUAUAAAAGUACAUUAGCAAAGAUGAGUGUCGAGGAAGAGGUUUUCAAAAUACAAAGGAAAAUGCAAAAAAUUACAUCCAAUGAUGGUACGGGACAAGAUCAAGCACUGGAUCUACUGAAAUCAUUGCAAGCUCUCAACAUCAAUUUGGAAAUAUUAACUAAAACACGCAUUGGUAUAACUGUUAAUGAACUGCUCCAGAGUAGCAAAGAUGAGGAAGUAAAAGCAUUAGCUAAAACGCUUAUCGAAGAUUUCGGCUGUGCUUUCCUUUUCUACCACGACGAUACAUUUGCUUAUAAUGUCUAAGUGCGUGGACCGAAUUUAAAUAUAAAGCUAGAUAUACAUGAGGCAACUGUUGA